AUGGACUGGGCCAGACGAAUUUUCGCACUAUCGCCGUCUCCGGAGCACCAAAACGAUGACAAACUAUGCCUCGACAAAGAUGGACUCCUAGAGUUCAGUGCCGAAGACUUAGAAAAUCCCAAAAACUACUCGUUCGCUCGCAAAUGCUACAUCACAGGUGUCGCCAUCUCGUUGGUGAUGAAUGCUACGUUCUCGUCAUCGGCGCCCUCCGGGUCCUUCCAGGGCGUCAGCGACGAGCUGCACGUGUCGCCAGAAGCAGCAGGUCUUGUAACCACCCUGUUCCUGCUAGGAUAUUGUGCCGGACCAUUGUUUUGGGCACCGCUAUCUGAGUUCUACGGCCGUCGUUUGAUAUUCUACAUAUCAUUCACGCUUUAUCUCGCUUUCGGAUUUCUGUGUGCCUUUACACCAAAUUUUGCAGGUUUGAUUGUUGGCCGUUUUCUGGCCGGAACGGCCGCUAGCGCAGCGUUAACAAACGCACCAGGUAUUUUGGCCGAUAUCUGGAGGCCAGCGGAGCGUGGAAAUGCCAUGAUACUCUUCGCAACAAUGACAUUUGUGGGUCCAGCAUUGGGUCCUGUAGUAAGUGGGUUCUUGCAAGUGACAGAAAAUUGGCGAUGGACGUUCUAUGUGCUUUUAUGGAUGGCUGGGAUCACCGAGUGUCUUCUUGUGACACUACCAGAAACGCUACCAAUGAUUGUUUUGCGUAACAAAGCCCGUCGUCUGCGGAAAAUUCCCGGAAAUGAGCAUGUGUAUGCGCCAGUGGAGGCAUCAGAUCGGUCUUUGGUACGAAUUUUCAAAGUGGCCCUGACACGGCCCUGGAAACUUCUCAUUGAUCCAAUCAGUUUUUUCGUCGCCAUAUACUAUUCCGUUGUCUACACUAUGCUGUACAUGCUUUUUGCUAUCUAUCCGAUCGUUUUCCAGCAAAAACGCGGUUGGAACGCCGGCGUGGGGGAGCUGCCAUUGAUUGGUGCUGUCAUUGGAGCCUGUGUCGGUGGAUUAGCGCUUUACAUUCAUAGUCAGUUCCAGCAGAGAAAACUCGCCCGCCGGAAACCGGUUCCAGAAGACAGGCUUGAAGGUGCAAUGGCCGGCGGGGUGUUGUUUGUGGUGACAAUAUUCUGGUUUGCGUGGACUGCGGAAUACAAUUCGGUACACUGGGCAGUACCUACAGUUGCGGGCACAUUUCUUGCAACAUCAAUCUUGCUCAUUUUCGUCACCUUCAUCAACUACAUCAUAGACUCUUACUUGAUGUUUGCUGCAUCCGCAGUUGCAGCGAACACAGUGUUGAGAUCAGCUACUGCUGCAGCAUCACCGCUCUUCACACAAUAUAUGUUUGAUGCGCUUGGUGUGGGAGGUGCUGGCUCACUCAUUGGUGGAAUUGGGGUGCUGUUGAUGCCUAUACCUUUCGUAUUUUACAAGUACGGUGCGGUGAUUCGGGCGAGAUCUAAAUUCGCACCCACCGACGACACGGAUUGA